AUCUUAUAUUACUAUUGCGUAAGAAACUAACUGAUUGCGAGUGAACAACGCGAAUAAUUAAAGAUAUGUUCUAUGUUAUUUGUAAAAUAAUAUUUGAAAUAAAAUAAAAGAUAAUCCAAUCGGUGUUAACAUUAAUUGGAAACGAUUUAUCGAAGGAUUAAUAUUGUGUUCGUCGAAAUAAUUAUUUCUGUGAUUAUAUCGGGGUAAUGAAAGGUUAUGUUGAAUAUCGUUAUGAACACACGUUCCUAUAAAUUAUUGUAACACGUUAAGAGCAUUGUUAUAAUAAAUAUGUUAAAAUGGAGAAGCCCUGUCGAACGUGCACCGAUUUUAAAACGUGGGUGAAAUUACAACAGGAAACUUUUGAUUCGGGAAAGGGUGAUACUCAAAAGCAGGAAGCAACUAAUCCUARUACAAAUGUUGCUACCUCUCAACGCAAUGACUGUCCGUUAACCAGAGACGAUUUAGGUUCAAAAACAUGGGCAUUUUUACACACGAUGGCAGCUCGUUAUCCUGAUCACCCUAGUGAUGAACAAAAAAGUGAUAUGAAAAGAUUCAUGUAUAUAUUUUCAAAGUUUUAUCCUUGCCACAUCUGUGCGGAAGAUUUUCAAGAACAAUUGAAAAGUCUGCCGCCGCAAACUGACUCACAAAAAGUCUUCAGUCAAUGGCUAUGCGUUGUUCAUAAUGAGGUAAACAAAAAGUUAGGUAAACCGGAAUUUGAUUGCAAGUUAGUCAACCAAAGAUGGAGAGACGGGUGGCUGGACGGUUCAUGCGAUUGAAUUAAUUAAAACAUGGGAUUGAGAAGCAUCAAGAGCGUUUUCUCUAUGUUGAAAUGAAUAAUAGUUUUAUCUUCAAGUUAUAAAUAUACAAACAUAUAUCUACUAAGAUAAUUAGUAGGCGAUACAGAAACAUCUAAGAUAUUUUCAUGGUUACGCAUGGUUAUAACAAAUGUUUGUUUAUAUGGAUUUAA